AGCCUAUUGCAUUGAGAUUAAGUUUGAUGCUUAAGCAUUUUUGUUGUGUGUUUUAUUCAUGGUAACAAUGAAAUUUGUUUUUUUUCAUAGCAUUUCUCGGAAUUAUCCAAAGCUAGACAGAAGGACUAAUCCAGGAGGCCACAGUGUAACUGUGAUGCAAUAGGAGUAAAUGUGACGGCUUUAGAAAAGAUGACUAAUAAUUUACAUAGAAUGCACUAACUUUUAUUUAAUAUAAACCAAUGUUGAUGUUAUUUUUGAAGAAAAAAUUAUGCAAUUCAUCUUGUUUUCCACAGUUGCAUCAGUAGAUUGAAUGACUCAUCUAAAACUUGAACAAAGGAAUGUUAAACAUUACUUUCACUAACUUGCUGCAAUCAGUCACACAGAUGUACCUUUUUUCGUUUCAUGGAGUGAUUAAGUUCUCUCUACAAAAGCAGUGUGCUAACGUCAUCAUUUAAUUAUUAUAUUUGUUGGAUUGUGCUGUUUUGUAUUUUGGGAAUUGUAUGACACAGAAGUUCCACAGUGAAAUAUAAAAUGUGCAAAAUUAUGUUAAUUGGUUCUUUCAUUGCUGUAUUUUUUCGGUCAUUUUAGACCUUUGAUUUGAUUACCGUGACAGUAUAAAAUGACUGAAUAAGCUUGCUCAUUAGAUACAAUUUUAGAAGGUGUCUCUGAAUUUAUACUGUACUUAAAAAAGUAACAGUGGUUAAAAUGUUUAAAUCAUUAAAAUAAAAACUUAACAGGUUGUGACACAGUGGCGAAAUGCUCUGUGGUCAAGUGAUAAUCUUCAUAGUAGUCCUGGGAAUUGGAGGAUCAUUUCAGAAUGGAUUUCACAUUACUGUUAUCAACUCACCUUCACCUUUCAUUCAGAAUUUCAUCAAUGAAAGUUGGAUGUCCCGCUAUGGAAAGCCUAUGGAGAGGGAAAGUGUAAAAUUGAUUUGGUCUGUUUUGGUAUCGAUGUACUCUAUUGGAGGCCUGAUUGGAUCUAUAAGUAUAAGAUGUUUUGUCGUGAAAUUUGGAAGAAAGAAAUCUAUGAUAUACAACAGCAUUCUCAGCAUUGUUACUGCUGCAAUAAUGGGCUCAAGUCGGAAAGCCAACUCUUUUGAAAUGAUUUUGGUGGCGAGAUUCCUGUAUGGAUUCAGUGCAGGGCUAGGCCUUAACAUCCACUUGAUGUAUCUUGGAGAAAGUUCGCCUAAACAGCUCAGAGGUCUGACGACCAUGACGGCAGCUACUUUCACUUCGCUCGGCAAACUUUUUGGACAACUUGUUGGUCUCAGUGAAUUACUUGGCCAAGAGGACUUGUGGCAUAUUCUGCUUUGCUGCGCCUCCUUCAUUUCCAUUCUCCAGCUUGUCGCUCUUCCUUUUCUCCCAGAGGCCCCCAGAUACUUAUUAAUUGACAAAGGAAAUGAAGAAAUGUGCAGAAAAGCCCUGCAGAGACUCUGGGGGAAAAGGGAUUUUAAGGUUGAAAUUGAAGAAAUGCUGGCAGAGCAGGCUGCCAUAAAUGGGGAAAAACCGAAAAGCCUUUCCGAGCUCCUGAAAGACAGAGAAUCACGCUGGCAACUCUUGACCAUGUUGGUUGUUUUGAUUGCGAUUCAGUUUUGUGGCAUCUCUGCGAUCUGUGCCUACUCUUUCAAUGUGUUUUAUGAGGCUGGCAUCUCCGAGGAUAACAUUCGGUAUGUCACACUUGGUAUAGGAGUUUCUGAAGUCCUCACUACGAUCACAUGUGCAUUUCUCAUCGAAAACACAGGGAGAAGAGCAUUGUUGUGGAAGGGAUUUAUAUGUAUGUCCUUAAUAAUGACAUUAAUCACAGUGACACUUUAUCUGAGGGAGACCAUUUCUUGGAUACCAUACAGCACAGUGUGCCUAAUUUUUCUUUUUGUUAUAUGUUUUGGAGGUGGGCCAGCCAGUGUGUUACCAUCGCUCUCUCAUGAGAUCUUUAUUCAGUCUUCAAGACCUGCGGCUUUUGUCUUCACUGGAAUCUUGAGAUGGGUGGGCUUUUCUGUGCUGGUAGUGGCUUUUCCAUUCUUGAUUGAUUCUCUGAAGCACUUCAGCUUUCUGUUUUUUGGAAGUGUUUGUCUUGGGGCCGGAGUUUAUGUCUUUCUCUUUGUACCAGAAACAAAGGGUAAAACAGUCCUUGAAAUAUCGGAGGACUUUAAGAAGAUAAAUGUGCACAGACACUGGUGUACUAAAAAUGGAAAUGAAGACAAUGAAUGGAUUAUAGCAACAAGGCUGUAAAAUGUUACAUUAAGCAUAUACAUGCACAUAUACUUAAGUUUACAUUAAUUUAAAAUUAUUAUAUUAUAUUAUAUUAAUUAUAUUAUAUAAAGUAUUAUACAAAAAUAUGUUUAAUGGGAAUUUUGCAGCAGUUUAUUGCAAAAGUGCGAUCAAAAGGCUGUUUACAUGUAAGCAAAGACAACUUAGUAACUUUCAUAAGUUGACGGAAUUAUUAUACAGUAUGCGUUCAAAACUAAGAAGUGUGGAUAAUAGGUUAUUUGUUAAUUAUUUGCCGACACAUUCAGCUUCUUAUAUUUCAAAACUACUGGAGAUUUGUUCCAUAAAGAAAGCAAUGGCUACAUAAACAAAUAGUGUUAAAUUAUUUGUGUGAUUUUUUUUAUUUGUUGAUUUCAAAUGGUUUUUAUCUUAAAAUAAAGGUAACAAAUUCAAUUAUCCGAAUUGUUUCCAAAUAAG